UUUUUGUGUUAACAUUUUUUUAAAUUUGUUUAUACAUAUUUGCACUUGUUUAUACAUAUGGUGUAAUAAGAGAUGAAACGUUCCCGCCGAUGCGCAGUAGGAGAGCGAAUUUGGAUCCAAAUUUGAUUGGCUGUUUCCAAUAUAUUAUCGCCAUUAUACACAUUUUUCAUCAUAGUUCUUUUUAGCUGAACUUUUAUACCAGUUCAUCUUUCUUCCUUUUCUCUCCAGGAGGAAAGAUGGACUGGUGCAAAAGUUCAACCAAAAGCUGGUUCUACAUUAAUUGCAAGCCGAUCGCAAGUUGUUGCGACAGCCAAUAUGAAGUAUUGAUUUCAAAAUGCAAGCUUCAGAUCGGCUUGCAACUAAUGUAGAACCGGCUAAAAAGAACAGGCCUCAUGCUUGCACCUGCACGACCUACACUCUGCACUCAUUACAACUGUUACAAAUACAUAUCUAAUAAUGUCUAACGAUGAAGAAGUAAUACGUCGGCGACUACUUAUAGACGGUGAUGGAACAGGAGAUGAUCGUAGAAUUAAUAUGCUAUUAAAAUCGUUUAUAAAAUGGAUCAACAGUUCCGAUGUGGACAAUACACUGCACGAAAGAAUGCUGUCGCAAUUAGCACAAUGUGAAUUUGCACAGAAAAAAUCCAGAUUAGUUUCAAACAUGAGUCGAGAAGAAUUAAAAAGCUACGAGAACUUGUCAAAAGAAAUUGAAGUACAAAUAGAGAAGGCGAAGGAAGACAUUGAGAAAACUAAAGCUGAACUGCAAGAUGCCAAACGUGUGAGAAAAAAUAGAAUAGAAUAUGAUGUACUAGCCAAAGUCAUUAAUGAACAACCAGAUCGUUUGGAAACACAUAUCAAGCUUGAGACAUUGCAACAAGAAUUAGGUGCUUUAAAGGAAAAAUCAGAACAGUUGGAGCACAAGUUAGAAAUGCGUCGUAAACAAUUCCACGUUUUAAUAUCCUCCAUACACUCUCUACAAGGAAUGUUAGAUGAGGGUGAUGAGGAAGUAAUGGAUGUGAGCCUUGAGAAUGACACAAACACAGAUAUGCAAAUAUCGUGAUAAUUCAUAAAUAUCUACCUCUGUCAUUUCAAGUCGUUUGUAAAAGUCAAGGAUUGUAUGAGAACCACAACUGAUAGUAGUUACAACAGGAUAAAAAAGUGGA